UGGGAAAGGGAUUGACAGGAAGUCAGACGGGCGCGCCACGCCCCUCGCGGCGCGAGCCUACGCCGGCUUCCAAUCAAUCCCGUCCGUCCCCUCCUCGCGGCCUCCCAUUGGUCUGCUCUUGCAGGGAGAGGGGGGCAGGGCCACGAACGCCCAGCCAAUCGUCUGGCCCACCGCGUGCGCCUCUGGUUGCCCCAGGAAACCAAACAGCCGGCAUCCCUGGUCAGUGGCUCCGACCCAGAGGGUCGAAGAUGGAUCGCCACUCUGAGCACAGUGGGAGCGUGGUGGAGGAAGGCGGAGAUGUGGAAAGCCUGGCAUCGCGGCUGUCCGAGAGCAAGGCCAGUUCUGGUCCCCAGACCCCUGCCGAACCCUCAGAGCCAGGGUCAGCUCCUGAACCCGGGCCGGAGGCAGAGACGGAGGGGACAGAGGAAGUGGUGACUUCGGAGGGAGGCGCCGGCGCCGCCAGCCAGCAGGCUGAGAACCUAGAAGGCCCGGCGGCCCGAGAACGUGCGGGCGAGGAGGGUCGGGGGGAGCCAGAGAGGCCGGCCGAGGCCGUAAUUGAGGAGUCAGCCAAGCCCGGAUCCGAAGUCGCGUCUGAGGAACCUGAGGCAGAAGAGAAGGAGGAGGCGCUGGAGGAGCUGGAAGAGGAAAAGGAGGAUCUGGAGCAGGCAGAGGAGGGGAAGAAGGAAGCCUCGUCCCGGGCCUCUCUGGAGCUGUCCUCGGUCCACGAGGAAGAGGCUGUUUCAGCCCCAGAAGCCGAGAGAGACAGACUCGGGGAGGAGGAGGAAAAGGAGAAGAGAGCGAGCGAGGAACAUGAGGGGAUGGGUGGAGAAGACCACCUGGUGAAAAGUGAGGAAUUGCAGAAGCCAGAAGGUGUCGACUCCGAGGAGUUUGAAUGGUCCGAAGAGGUCCAAAAGCAGCAGGAGCAACAGCUGCGCAGCGAGCUGCUGGAGCAGUACCGCUCCCUGCUGGUAGAUCGGAGUCGCUACCAGCGCUACAACUUGUACCUGCAGCACAAGAUCUUUGAGGCGAUUCGCAAGAAGAAGGGCCUGGACGCAGCCGAGGUGCCCGACAAGGGCGUGGAGACUGAGUCCCCAGAGAAAGAGCAGCAGUACUUACGCUAUCUGGCCACUCUGGAGGACCUGAGGAAGCAGGAGGCGGACGACCUGGAGUGGUACCACCAGGAGCUGGGCCACCUGAAGCAGCAGUGCCAGGAGAAGCUCUCCAGGGUAGAAAAGGAGUGGCGACGCUUCCAGGCCCUCAAGAAGCAGGUGGUGAUGCAAGCUAUGGGCAGCUGUCGGAUGAGGGGUGGGCGCCAGGCUGCACUGCGAGAGGUGGAGCAGAUCCAGGCUUUGGAGGACAAAAAGGAGAAGGAGAUAAGGGCCGUGCGGCUAGAGAACGUGCAACUGAGGCAGAGCCUGGUGCAUUUUGAAACCAGGAUGAGGGCCCAGGAGGACAUGACCGAGGGUCUGCUCCUCAUCGAUUUCGAACAGCUUAAGAUUGAGAACCAGACCUUCAACGAGAAAGUCGAGGAACGAAACGAGGAACUUUUAAAGCUGCGCAAUAAGGUGACCAACAAUGUGCAAACAGUAACACACGUGAAGGAGAAGUUGCACUUUAUGGAUAUGGAGAAUGCACACAAAAAGGCCAAGCUCUUGGAAGUUGAGGCUCAGGUGGCCCUGAAAAGGGACAUCCUGACCAAGACCAAGCAAGCCCGAGACAGCCUGCGGCUUGACAACAUCAAACUGAAUCAGAAGUGUGGGCUUCUGGGCAAAGAAUCCCUCCUGAGGGACUUUGAGGAACAGGUGGCCAAGAAUGAAAUGCUCCGCCAGCGGCUGGAAUCCCUGAAGCGCCAUCACGCUGGGCUGACUUUGUCCUGCAGAGGUGUGAAGCAGAAGAUCAGGGAAGCCAAAGCCUUUCUCCCCUGAUACAGUUGGUGAGAUGAGUCAGCAGGACAUUUCAGUCUUAGUAUACUUCGUCCUGCAUUAGCUUUUCAUCUCCUUUUUUUUUUUUGCCAUUCAUUAAAAGUCUGUGAUAUUUGGAACGGAACUAGAUUUUCUAUUUGUC